UUAGAUUAAGACCACAGAAAAACAAAACAGAGAACCGCAAAAGUAUAUGAAUGAAAAAAUGAAAAAUAUCUUUGAACAAAGAAAUCACAAAGAGUGAUAAAUAAUUAUUCAUCAAUAUAUAUCUAGAUUCAAAAAUUGGCUACAAUAAUGGAAUUUGAAGAUCAAGAGGAGCAAGAAGAAGAGCUAUGUAUGGGUGGAGCGAGUUACGACUCGUUACCUAACUCAUCCCGAGUUAAGAUGCCAGGUGGCAGUGAACCUAUUAUGGUAACUCACCCUCUCAGAAACAUUAACAGCAACAAUGGAAACAUCAACAUCGGUGUCGGAAACGGAAAACCAAGGUAUAGAGAGUGUUUAAAGAAUCACGCCGUCGGAAUCGGCGGUCAUUCUCUCGACGGUUGCGGUGAGUUUAUGCCGGCGGGAAAUGAAGGAACACUCGAAUCACUAAAAUGCGCCGCUUGUAACUGUCACCGUAACUUCCACCGUAAAGAGACGGACCCAACCGCCGGUGGUGAUCCUUAUUUCCUAACGCAUCAUCAACACCACCCGCCACCUCCGCCGCAGUUCGCGGCUUACUAUCGAACUCCGACGGGUUACUUACACUUGCCGGGAAACCAGAGGAUGGGGACGCUUGCUCUGCCAUCAACUUCCGGCGGAGGCGGCGAUGGAGGAACGCAGAGCCCGAGGGAGGAUCAAGAAGAUGUUACGAACCCACCAAGUGGAGGAGGAUCGAGUAAGAAGCGGCAUAGAACGAAGUUCACUCAGGAACAGAAGGAUAAGAUGUUGGAAUUGGCUGAGAAAUUAGGUUGGAGAAUUCAGAAACAUGAUGAAGGUUUGGUUCAAGAGUUUUGUAAUGAAAGUGGUGUGAAGCGUCAUGUUCUUAAGGUUUGGAUGCAUAACAACAAACACACUCUUGGUAAGAAGCCCUAGAAACAUGAUGAAGAAGAAGAAGAAAAAAACCCAAAUAACAAUUUUAAAUUUUUCUUUUUUUCCCAUCUUGGGUCUCUCUCUCUCUUGAAGGAUUCACUUGAUGGUGGAAAAAAUUGCAUUGUGAUGGUGUGAGUGUGAUGGUGUGAGGAAGCUUACUUAUUUAUUACUACUAUGGCUUUAGGGUUUUUCCUUGUUAUAUGUUCUAAGUGUUUAGGUAAGAUUGUAGUAUAUUAGUAUUAGUAUUGUUGAUGAAUGAACUAAUUUGAUUUGAUUUAAGUAAUGUCAACUAAAUUAGACUUUGGUUAAUUAAAUAUUAAUUAGUUUUAUGUGUAUAUGUUUUUAAUUAGUACUUUAGCAAUGUGUUACUACAAUUUGGAGUAA